AUAAUAGCUGACCGACUUUAAUCUAAUCGCUUAUUAUUUAGUACAAUUUUAGCUGUGAAUGCAAAAACAUCGUUUUGUGAAUAAACGCCACUGACCAAAAAAUGAUUAAACAUAUCCAUAACGAUUGUAACUACAAUGGUUAUUCAAAUUAAAAUAAUGAUAUACUAUUAAUGUUCGAUAUUUAUAAUAUUAUAGUUCUUAAUAUAAGACGAUGCAAAAUUUUAAUAGUUUAAUGUGUUUAAUCGUUUUUCCGAUUAUCAUUAAAGCUAACAUUAAAUACAAGAUUUGUGUUGUGCCGAAUAGCGGAGGAAGAGACAGCACAAAAUAUUACUGUCCUUUGGUUAAAAAUGAAUCAUCUAGUCCAGUUGAAUGCGUAUUCGGGAAUGAUAAGCUGCAUUGUUUAAGAAAAAUUUUUAACGAAGAAGCAGACUUUGGAGUAUUUCAACCUGAAGAAAUAUCAUAUGCUACUAAAUGGAAUGACUACUUAAGCGUCACAAAUGAAGUUCGUUUAUUUUAUAGAGCCAAAUUUGAUUAUGAUAUGGUGGUUUUGAUUAACGAAGAUGCCAAUAUUAAAAAUUUAAAUGAUUUAAGAGGAAAACGAUUGUGUCAUCCGGGACUUUUUGAAGGAGAAGCAGGAACUGGAUGGUCUAGCCUAAUAUCUCAGUACUUCGAACGAGUUAUCGUUCCACAAAAAUGCGAUCCACAAUUAAGUCUAAUGGAAAAUCAAUUAAAAUCUCUUUCUCAAUUCUUCGGCGAGUCUUGCAAGCCAGGUCAAUGGGAUCCAGAUCCCGACACGGAUAAUAUACUCAAAGUUAAAUAUCCAAAACUAUGCUCAAAUUGUCAAAAUCCGUCAAAAUGUAACGGUAAUGAUCAGUUUUGGGGAAGACAAGGAGCAUUGCAAUGCUUAAGCGAUUGUUAUGGAGAUAUUAGCUGGGCCAGGCUUUCCGACGUUAGGGUCCAUUUCAAAGGCGAUAGUACAAAUGCUUGCGGUAAAAUAAGUUUUCUGUGUUCAAAUGGUUCAAUACAGCCAUUGGACAGUACAAAUCCAUGUACUUGGGUAUCUCGACCUUGGCCAGUUGUAAUAGCAAAAAAUUCAACAUCUGUAAACAUUCAAGAAUUGAUCAACUAUUUAAAUACAGCUAAUAAACUAAGCAACAUAACGAUGUGGCAAUGGGCAUUAAGCAACUUACUUGGAUCCUAUUCUGAACCUACUUCAACUAUUAACAUUGUUAGCCCUAGAGAUUAUCUCUUAGCAGCUCCAGGAUAUAUGGAUGCUGAAGAAAAAGCCCAACUGUGCAAAGAUCGUUCAUUUUCUAUAUGUAUUGAAACAAUAACAGCUUAUAAAAAGUGCCAAGUACUUUCUGAUAUAUCAAUAGCUUAUGGAAUACAGCCUAAAUUGAAUUGUGUUAUGGAUUCAGACUGCGGAAAAACGUUAAAAUCUGGCAAAGUAGAAAUAAUUAUAUUAGAUGCAGAUAAAAUUGCUAUUUUUAGAAGAAAAUAUGGUGUUUCAAAACCAAUACUUUACGCAACUUCAAUUUAUCACCGUUUAUAUCGAAAAAUGAGCGCAGUUAUGUUGAAAAAAAAGGUAGUACAUACUUUCCAACAGUUAAGAGGCAAAAAAGCAUGUUUUCCAUUGUUCGAUGGCUAUGUUUGGAAUUCAUUUUUACUAUCAUUAAAGUUGGAGGGCAUCGAACAAUAUCCUACUAAUGAAACAAUAACUAAGUUUUUCGGAGAAAGUUGUGCAAUGCUGAGUUCUGAUAAAAAUAUAAUACCAGAGUGUGAUUUUGAUGAUGUUUUACCAGAAGACAGUAAUAAAAAUGGAAUGUGGAUUGAAACGCAAACACUUCGAUGCAUUAUUGAAGGUGGAGGAGAUGUAGCAUUUAUCAACACUCUUCACAUUGAUCAAUAUUUAAAUAUUUUAAGAUCACCAUUGAAUUUACAAAAUAACUUUAACUCUCAUAAUUUCUCAACUGUUUGCAAUGGCAAAAUGAAUUCUUCUGUAGAUUGUCCUAUGUCCUGGUCGAAUUUUGGACAUAUUUUAAUAAAACCGAAUAUUUCUCGAAAUGCUAAAAGAGAAAUUAUUUCAUUAUUAAUGAAUAUGGACAUCAUUUUUGGACGAAAGAGUAAAACAGUCAAUCUAAUACCCCCCGUGUUUUCCAUAUAUGGACCAUUUGAUGAUUUUUCUGAUCCAUUGUUUCCGGUUGAUACUGAAAAAUUGGAAACCAUCCAUCAGUUUAAUGAACACCAAUCACCAAUAGCACCAGAAUAUGAAACAUACAUUCACAUUUUAAAUGAACCUAAACCUUCUGAAAGCUCUGGUGUCUCAAUAACUCCAUUUAUAUUACUACAGUUACUAGUAUUUUACAAAACGUUUCAUAAAUAUCUUGCAUAAAGACUCAAUAAAAAAUUGCUUAAUAAUUUCAAAAUAAUUGUAAUCUUGAAUUUUAAUAAGUAGUUAAUUUUUUCGUAUUACAAAUGUGUGAUGAAGUACAAUCAGAUAGAGGCAGGACUGUCCUGAGUGUCCUUUUAUGGACUCCGUAUCGGGUAAAAAUGAUUCACUAAUGUUAUCGACAUAUUUAAAUUGUAAUUUGUUUAAUAAGUUUUAAGUACAUUAUGUUUUAGACAAUUUAGUAUUGUACAAACAAGUAUAAAAUAGUUAAUAUAUAACAAAAUAUUUAAUUA